AUGGCAACAGUACCUGUUCAUCUUGUUUUAUUUGGUAUAGCGCGUGAAUUGACAAAUUUGUCGGAGCGGAAUGUAAAUGUACCGAGUGUGUUAAACUGCCGACAGCUGCGACAACUAAUAUUUCAUGAGAUACUGAAAGAAUUGUCACCAAUCGAAGAAUGUUGCAUGUUAGCUCUAAAUCAGGAAUAUAUCGCUAAUCACAACGAUACAUUUACGAUCAGUGCGCAUUCAGAAAUCGCUGUAAUACCGCCGAUAAAUGGUGGUUGA